AUGAUAAAAACAAUUACUAUUGGCCUUUUCUUUCUCAGUAUACUAAUUGUUAAUGGAAAAAUUACAAAUGAACAAUUAAAUUCAAUUAAUACAGCAUUAACAACAAUUAAUCAACUUGAAAAUCAAUGUACAACAUCAUCUGAUUGCUUAACAGAACCAAUCGGUGCUCGUGCGUGUGGUGGUCCAAAUGGUUAUAUUGUUUAUUCAAGAAUAAGUUCCUACGUUGAAUACAUUCUUUCAUUGGCUAAACUAACAACUAUACUUGAACGUCAAUAUAAUGAAGAAAAUUCCAUAAUAUCAAUCUGUAUCUUAGCUAAAAAACCAAUAGCUGUUUGUGAUAAAAAUCAUAUGUGUGUUGCUCAAUGA